UCGAGGACUUGCUUCCCCGCAUCCGUGCGGUAACUGUCCGCUUUUUGCUCAUCUUUUGGUGUACGUGCGCCUCCUGAAAUCAUCGAACCUCGGAUAUAGAGCAACAGUACCUUCCAUUUUCGACGAUGUACGCCAGCAGAAAUGCAUCUUUGUUCCCUCCGCGUUGCAUAGCCUGCAGCUAACGGCUUUACUGAACAUCGCUCAAUCCGCUUGAUAAACUGGAUGUCAGGUGAGUGGGGUGGAGAUGGACUACAUCCGGGAGUUCGACAUCCGGCUCGAGAAAGAGAUGUAUUACGCGGGAGAGACCCUGGCGGGCCACAUCAUUGUGGACACACUGGAGAACUUCAAACUCAGAGCGAUCCGUGUGGUGCUACGAGGCAAGGCCCACGCCGAGUGGAAGGUGGUCGUCAGCGGUGAUCGGAGAACAGUCAAGGAUGACCAAGUCUUCAUCGACGACCGCGCAGUCAUCUGGGGAAAAGAGAAAGCAGACGGUUCCCUGCCCAUUCUACCACGGGGCCAUCACGCGUUCGGCUUCCGCUUCCAGUUACCGGAGAGCGCCUUGCCGUGUUCCUUCGAAGCCCGCCCCUGUACCGUCAGGUACUACGUCAAGGUCACCAUGGACAUCCCGUACGCGUCGCCGCCUCAGGGAAUGAAAUACUUCACCAUCAUUGGACCCCACAUUGACUGUAUGGAUGAACAGUAUCUCAAGCCGCUGGUAGGCCAGGACAAGCGUUCAGUCUGUUGCCUGUGCUGCCAGCGUGGUGUCGUCACUCUUCGCAGCGCCCUGGAACGGUCCGCCUAUUGCUGCGGGGAAAGUCUCAGACUCAAGGCAGACAUCGACAACCAGAGCGAGGAACAAGUCAGGCUGAAGCUCAAACUCGUCCAGCACGUUGAGUUCUUCAUCGACCGCGGCGUCCUGGGCCUGAACAAAGAAGUCUCCCACACGGUGCUGGAGUACCGGGGGGACCCCAUCCAGCCCCAGUCGAGGCAUAAAUUCGACAGUUCCAACAGCCUGGUCGUGCCGGUGAUGCCACCCACUCUUAUCGGUGUGUGUCGGCUGCUGCAGAUGUACUACGUCCUCAAGGUGUGGGUGGAGAUGGAGAAGUCUGGAGAUGACCUCAUCAUGACCUUCCCCAUCACCAUAGCCACGUGUCCUUUCCGCAUUCCCAACGCCAAGCAGGAGCCUAACAUCGACUACGCUGUGUGCUGCGACCACGUGGAAGGCGGCAUGUACAUCGGACCCGAGUUUCAACUGGGGCAAGUGUACGACGGUUCCGUGGAGGAAGGCGAGAGCGCUGUCCUCUACCGGCCAGUCUACGUCUCCAUACGAAACCCCACGAGAAACUCGCAACAGUCAAGCAGUGCUCACUUGUGAACCAACAAGUUCCCCAAGUGGAGCUCAAUGUGUACAUAGUGUUGGUUUGAUACCGUGGGACUUUCCUGGGACGUUCCUUCGGACGUCGCUUCUCCGACAGGAACUCCCGUCGACGACGCCUUCCGAACGGAGGCAUCGGUCGGAGGCACUGCAUGGCUGGCAAGCCAGCUUUUAUUCGUUUCUCAGAGGAGUAUUUUUGUUGAAGUCUUGCGAGCUGGUGCAGUGCACGCUCCGGAGGGAGUAAUGUUGCUUUUUUUUUUUUAGGGGGGGGGGGAUUAUUUGUUUUAUU